UUCCACUCCACCCCCCUCGGGGCGCGAUCCCGUCUCCAACUUCCCGCUGCGGAGACCCGGGACGCCCCGCGCGGGACAAUCAGCUCCCCAGCCCGGCGGCCCCGGCGGGCCGGGAGCAGACAAAUACUAAUUUGGCUGCAAGGAUGGAGAAACCAAAUGGGCAUUUGUUUGCCCAUCCAGACAUCCUCUCCUUAGAGAACCGGUGCCUGGCCUUGCUUCCUGACCUGAAGACUGUGGGGAAACCACAUGGGCACUUGUCUGUCCGCCCAGAUGUCCUUUCCUUAGAGAACCGGUGCUUGAACACUCUCCCUCUUCUUAAGACCUCGGUGUCUACCAGUUCCUUGCUCCAGUGCCUCCAGGCAUCUCCCCUCCUGCAAGCUGAUCUCUCCAGCCUGAAUACCAGCAACUGUCUGCUCUCUGAGCCUGCAAGCCGGAAGCCUCAGUGCCUCUCUGAGAAAAUAAACCUCCUGACCUACCCCAGGGACCUGAAAUCCAUCUCUGCCACAGAGAGUGCUCAGGGAACAGCUUUGGGUCAUUUGUCGUCUUCAGAAGAGCAAGAGCCAGAAGAGGAGAAAUGGACAGAGACUCGAAUGCCUUUGUAUAGCCUGAGCUUGGGAGAGGACGAUGAAAAGGAGGGAAUGGACUUGAAGCUGGCCCUUGGGGACUCUGAAUCUCAACCUGGGCUCACUGACCAGGUCCUUCAGGAAAAAAAGCUGGCUCUAAUGCACUUGCUGUGCUCUGCUGUGGUGUCACAUGUAGAAGAGACAGAUGGCCCUACCCUCCUUGAAGUCUGUAGUGAACUUGCCCCCUUGGAACCUGAAUUUAUCCUCAAGGCAUCAUUAUAUGCCAGACAGCAACUGAAUGUCCGGGAUGUGGCCAAUGAAGUCUUGGCCAUUGCUGCCUUUUUGCCAGCCUGCCGCCCCCACCUGCGACGAUAUUUCUGUGCCAUCGUCCAGCUGCCUUCUGACUGGAUCCAAGUAGCCCAGUUCUAUCAGAAACUGGCUGAAGGUGAGGAGAAGAAGCUGGUGCCACUGCCCGCCUGCCUACGAGCUGCCAUGACUGAAAAAUUUGCCCAGUUUGACGAGUACCAGCUGGCUAAGUAUAACCCUCGGAAGCACAGAGCCAAGAGACGCCCACUUAAGUCUCCCCGUCCUCCAAUGGCGAAGCCAUUUUCUGAGACAAUGGAAUGUUUGCCAAAGUUCCUGAAGAUUUUUACAAAGAAGCAGGUGAAGUUUGAGGCAACCUACAAUGCAGUGCCAGAGAGAAAGAGCCCACCGAGGUUCACCCUGAAGAAGUUGGUACAGCGACUGCAUAUCCGGGAACCUGCACAGCACGUCCAGGCCCUGCUGGGCUGCAGAUACCCUCCCACCCUGGAGGUCUUUUCUCAAAGUCACCUCCCUGGUCCAUGGGAUUCCAGCAAAGCUGGGAAGCGAAUGAAGCUUUCUCAGCUGGAGACCUGGGAGCGGGAGCUGAGCUUGAGAGGGAACACAGCUUCAGUCUGGGAGGAGCUCAUCGACAAUGGGAAGCUUCCCUUUAUGGCCAUGCUUCGAAAUCUGAACAAUCUGCUGCGGACUGGAAUCAGUGCCCACCACCACAAGCUUGUUCUCCAGAGACUCCAGCAGGUGAAAACAGUGAUCCAUAGUCGACAGUUUCCAUUCAGAUUCCUUAAUGCCCAUGAUUCCAUCAAUAACCUUGAGGCUCAACUCAAAAAUACAGAACUGCCGUUUCCUUCUAACACAACACUGAUGAGGCAGAUAACUAAACAUCUAAAAUAUCAGUUCCAACGGCGUAAAGAACUUCGGACAGCAAUGAAGGUGCCUGUGUUGUUUGAGGAGCUUAAGCGAAAGAAGUUGGAAAUACAGAAGGCCAGGCAGUGGACCUAUGACCCGGAGAUGCUGGCUCAGUACCGACAGGCCCUGGAGACAGCGGCGAACAUCUCCGUGAAGCACAACCUACCCCCGCUGCCUGGCCGCACCAUUUUAGUGUAUCUGGCAGAUGCUGAAGCAGACAAGCUCUGCCCCAAGAGCAACCCACAAGGGCCACCGCUUAACUAUGUGCUGCUAUUGAUUGGAAUGAUGAUGGCGCGGGCGGAGCAUGCAGAUCUCCUGCUUUGUGGAAAUGGCACAGUGAAGACCGCCGUGCUGAAGGCAGGAGAUGGUAUCCUGAAAAUGGCCACCGAACUCCAGACUCAAGUCCAGGAGCUUGAGAGUGAGGAUCAGUGGUCCCUUUCUGCUUUGGGGAAGCACCUGCUGUCUCUGGCAUCUCAAAGAGUCUCUGUGGACAGAGUCAUCCUCUUUGGCGAAUAUAUGUUUGGGGACCUGAUAAAUCUGGCCAAAGACCUUUUCUGGAAGAAUGUGAAUUCCAAGUGCCUCUUUGUUAGUGUUCUCAGUUCACGAUACUCUUCAUCAACUACUUAUAAUCCUAACGAUGUGAUACUCACAGGCUGCUCAGAUGGGAUACUGAAGUUCAUUGCAGAGCGUGGGGCCUCCCGUCUUCUAGAACAUGUGGGCCAAAUGGACAAAAUAUUUAAGAUUCCACCACCCCCGGGAAAGACAGAGGUCCAGUCUCUCCGGCCACUGGAAGAGAAUACGCAAAGUCCCUUGGCUCCUGUUUCUCAACCGGGCUUGCUCAGCAUCCGGAUUUUCAUUUCUUCCACUUUCCGGGACAUGCAUGGAGAGCGGGACCUGAUUCUGAGGUCUGUCCUGCCAGCAUUGCAGGCCCGUGCGGCCCCUCACCGCAUCCGCCUUCACAUCAUCGACCUGCGCUGGGGUGUCACUGAGGAAGAAACCCGAAGGAACAGACAACUGGAAGUGUGCCUCCGGGAGGUGGAGGACUCGCAGCUGUUUCUGGGGAUACUGGGCUCCCGCUAUGGCUACGUGCCCCCCAGCUACAAUCUCCCUGACCAUCCUCACUUCCGCUGGGCCCACCAGUACCCUCCAGGUCGCUCUGUGACAGAGAUGGAGGUGAUGCAGUUCUUGAAUCGGGGCCUCCGCCUGCAACCCUCUGCCCAAGCCCUCAUCUACUUCCGGGAUUCCAGCUUCCUCAGCUCUGUGCCAGAUGCCUGGAAACCUGACUUUACUUCUGAGUCUGAAGAGGCUGCACGUAAGAUCUCAGAACUGAAGAGCUACCUGAGCGGACAGAAAGGGGUCACCUGCCGCAGAUACUCCUGUGAAUGGGAAGGUGUGGCAGUCGGCCGGCCCUAUGUUGGGGGGCUGGAGGCAUUUGGGCAGUUGAUUCUGCAGGAUGUGUGGAAUCUGAUUCAGAAGCUUUACCUACAGCCCAGGGCCCAGCAGGAGCAGCCAGUGUCCGUCCCAGAUGACGACUUGGUCCAGGCCACCUUUUGGCAACUGCAGAACCCACCAAGUCCUGCCCGGCCGCGCCUUCUUCACGACACAGUGCAGCAGCUGAAGCAGCACCAGGGCAGGCUAAGUCUGGUGACCGGGCAGUCAGGACAGGGCAAGACAGCCUUCUUGGCAUCCCUAGUGUCAGCCCUUCAGGCUCCUGAGGAGACCAAGGUGGCCCCCUUAGUUUUCUUCCACUUUGCAAGGGCCCGCCCUGACCAGGGUCUUGCCCUCACCCUGCUCAGACGCCUCUGUGCCUAUUUGCACAGCCAUCUGCAGGAGCCCAGCGCUCUCCCCAACACCUACCGGGCCCUGGUGUGGGAACUGCAGCAGAGGCUUCUACCCAGGUUUGCUCAGUCCCUAAAAACUGGGCAGACGCUGGUGUUGAUCGUUGAUGGGGCUGACAAAUUGGUGGACCAGCAUGGGCACCUGAUCUCAGACUGGAUCCCAAAGACUUUUCCCCGGGGGGUGCACCUGGUGCUGAGUGUGUCUAGUGACACAAGCCUGAAGGAGACCCUUGAGCAGAGCCAAGGUGCCCGUGCAGUGGCCCUGGGGCCCUUGGAGCCAUCUGCCAGGGUCCAGUUGGUGAGACAGGAGCUGGCUCUGUAUGGGAAGAGGCUGGAGGAAUCACCUUUUAACAACCAGAUGCAGCUGCUGCUGGUGAAGCGGGGCUCGGCCCUGCCCCUCUACCUGCGCUUGGUCACCGACCACCUGAGGCUCUUCACACUCUAUGAGCAGGUAUCUGAGAGACUCCGGAGCCUGCCUGCCACUGUCCCCCUGCUGCUGCAGCACAUCCUGGGCACCCUGGAGCAGGAGCAUGGCCCCGAUUUCCUUUCCCGAGCCUUAGUCACCCUGGGGGUCACACGGAAUGGUCUGACUGUGGAUCAGCUACAUGGAGUGCUGAGUGCAUGGUGGAUAUUUCCCUGGGGGACCAAGAGCUGGGAAGACGCAGUGGCUGCCGUUAACAGAGCGAGCCCCUACCCCAUGGGCCUGUUUGCCUACCUUGUUCAGAAUCUGCGCAGUUUGCUAGGGGAAGGCCCUCUGGAGCGCCCUGGUGCCCGACUCUGCCUGCCUGAUGGACCCCUAAGAGCAGCAGCUAAAUGUCGCUAUGGGAAGAGGCCAGGACUGGAGAACAUGGCUCACAUCCUCCUCGCAGCUCAGCUCUGGAAGACAUGCGACCCUGACGAGUCAAAUACCUUCCGAAGUUGCACUCCAGAGGCUCUGGCAGACAUACCCUACCAUCUGCUCCAGAGUGGGAACCGUCGCCCUCUGGCAGAGUUCCUCACCAAUCUCCAUGUGGUGUCUGCACACCUGGAACUGGGCCUGCUCUCUAGACUUCUGGAAGCCCAUGCUCUCUAUGCUUCCGCAGUCCCUGACGAGGAAGAAAAGCUUCCAGAAGCUGACAUUGCAGUAUUCCACACCUUCCUGAAGCAGCAGGCUCCAAUCCUCAGCCGGUACCCCCUACUUCUGCUCCAGCAGGCGGCCAACCAGCCUCUGGACUCACCUCUUUGCCGCCAGGCCCCAAAGCUCUCCAAGCGAUGGCAGCUCCAGGGCAUGCUACGGUGGCUUAAUAAACCCCAGACGAUGGCGGGCCAACAAAGCUCCAACUUGUCUCUGGCAGUUUCCUCCUGCCCCACAGCGGUGGCCUUGUCCCCCAAUGGGCAAAGAGCAGCUGUGGGCACUGCCAAUGGGACGGUUUACCUGUUGGACCUGAGAACCUGGCAGGAGGAGAAGUCUGUGGUGAGUGGCUGUGAUGGGGUCUCCUCUUGCACGUUCCUCUCGGACAGUGCCCUCUUUCUUACUUCCUUUGAUGGUCUCUUGGAGCUCUGGGACCUGCGGCAUGUUAGUCGCGUGCUGCAGAUCCAGGCGCACCAGAACCAAGUCACCGCCUGCUGCAUGAGCCCUGACCACAAGCUGCUGGCCACUGUGUGCCUGGGAGGAUGCCUAAAGCUGUGGGACACUGUCCACGGACAGCUGGCUUUCCAGUACACCUGCCCGCAGCCCCUGAACUGUGUUGCCUUCCACCCUGAGGGGCAGGUGAUAGCCACAGGCAGCUGGGCUGGCAGCUUCAGCUUCUUCCAGGUGGAUGGGCUGAAUCUCACCAAGGAACUGGGGGCCCCAGGAGGCUCUGUCCGCACCUUGGCCUUCAAUGUGCCUGGGCGGGUUGUGGCUGUGGGCCGGCUGGACAGAAUGGUGGAGCUGUGGGCCUGGCAAGAGGGGGCACAGCUGGCAUCCUUCCCUGCCCACCAGGGCUUUGUUGCUGCUGCCCUUUUCCUGCGAGCUGGGUGCCAGUUAGUGACUGCUGGAGAGGAUGGCAAGGUUCAGGUGUGGUCCGGGUCUCUGGGUCAGCCCCGCGGGUGCCUGGGUUCCUUCCCCCUCUCUCCUGCCCUCUCCGUGGCGCUCAGCCCACAUGGUGAUCAGGUGGCUGUCGGCUACCGAGCAGAUGGCAUUAGGAUCUACAGAAUCUCUUCAGAUUCCCAGGAGGUUUGGUGCCAAGCAUUGGAUCUGGCUGUGUAUGCACUGGCCUGGCUGAGCCAUACGGUGUUGGUGAGCGGUGCAGAAGAUGGGUCCCUGCAGGGCUGGACUCUCAAGGAACUCUCUCUACAGUCUCUUUGGCUCCUGUCCACACACCAGAAGCCAGUGCUGGGACUGGCCACCUCGCAGGAACUCUUGGCUUCUGCCUCAGAAGAUUUCACGGUAUGGCUGUGGCCAAAGCAGUUGCUGACACUGCCACAGAAGACAAAAGACUUUGCCUGUGGCACGGAACUCCGGGGACACGAGGGACCUGUGAACUGCUGUAGCUUUAGCAUGGACGGAGGCAGCCUGGCCACUGGGGGCAGGGAUCGGAAUCUCCUCUGCUGGGACAUGAGGACACCCAAAGCCCCUGUUCUGUUUUGCUCCUUCUCUGCUUGUCACCGUGACUGGGUCACUGGCUGUGCCUGGACAAAAGACAACCUACUGGUCUCCUGCUCCGCUGAUGGCUCUGUGGGGCUGUGGAGCCCAGCAUCCGGACAGCAGCUCGGCCAGUUCCUGGGCCAUCAGAGUGCUGUGAGCGCCGUGGUGGCCAUGGAGGAGCAUGUGGUGUCCGUGGGUCGGGACGGGACCUUGAAAGUGUGGGACCAUCAGGGUGUGGAGCUGACCAGCAUCCCUGCUCAUGAAGGACCCAUCAGCCACUGUGCAGCUGCCCUGGAGCCCCGUGCAGCUGGCCAGCCUGGGGCAGAGCUUUUGGUGGUGACUGUUGGACUGGAUGGGGCCACACGGCUGUGGCAUCCACUCUUGGUGUUUCAAACACAUACCUUUCUGGGACAUAGUGGCCCAGUGAGUGCAGCUGCUGUUUCGGAGACCUCAGGUCUCCUGCUGACCACCUCAGAGGAUGGUUCUGUCCAGCUCUGUCAGGUACCUAAGGAAAUAGAUGGCACUUACAAGCUCAGAAACCCUGCAGCCAUCACUGCUGUGGCCUGGGCCCCCAGUGGUUCUUUGGCAGUGUCUGGGAAUCAAACUGGGGAGCUCACCUUGUGGCAGAAUGCUAAGGCUGUGGCCACAGCACAGGCUCCGGGCUGCAUCAAUGCUGUGAUUUGGUAUUUGGACCACCUCUUGAUUGUUCUCAGUGAUAAUGAAAAAGUCAGUACAUGGAUAGUGUCACGGCAGAAGAAAUCUACAUCCAGAAAUACCAGCUACAGUCUUCAACUGAAACAAAUUCUGCAGGAUAACUUAGGCUUCCUGACGCACAUGACCCUGGCCCCUGAUGGUCAGUCCCUCAUUUUGGUCACAGCUAAUUUUCAAGUUCUGCGCAUGAAUCUAAAAGACACUCCCUCUGAAAUCUGGACGAGCUGCUACAGUCUACCUGUGACAUUGUCCACCCACAAGGACUAUGGUAUAUUUUUCCUGCAGUCAUCUAACCCUGGAUAUAAACUUCAUUUCUUGGAAAAGAAAUCGGAAGAGUAUCAAUACAAUCAGGUAUUUAUUCUGAACUUCGAGAAUCCAAGAGGGACCUUCAUAUCAAUAACUCAGGCCAAACCUGAAUCUGAGUCCUCAUUUUUAUGUGCCAGCUCUGAUGGGAGGUUGUGGAGCUUAGCCAAACGCACUCCUGAGGGAGAAUGGACCACAGGUAACAUCUGGCAGGAAGGCGUAAACAUACCUGAAACCCAAACUACAGAGACAGAUAUGUCUGUAUGCAGCUGGCCAACAAACCUAGAUCUAGAGACGCGACAGCACAGAAAGAUUCACUCGGGCUCCGUCACAGCCCUCCAUGUGCUGCCUGAGUUGCUGGUGACAGCUUCAAAGGACAGAGAUGUUAAACUGUGGGAACGCUCUACUAUGCAGCUGCGGGGCCUGUUCCGAUGUGAAGGGGCCGUGAGCUGCCUGGAACCUCGACUGCGUCCUGGCUCUUCUCUGCAGCUCGUCGUGGGAGACACUCAGGGCAACGUAUACUUUCUGUCCUGGAAAUGAAGACGCACAGCACAGAGAUGCCUCUUGUGCUAGAGAUGCAAAACCUGAAGAUAUCAGUGGCUUCUUUCUUGAUAAAACUUUAAAAAUUAAGUCUUGGGCCUCCCUGGUGGCCAGCCACUGCAGCAUGAGUUUGAAUCCAGUCUAUCUGCCUGUUCUGCUCCCCACUCUGUCUCUGGUGAAUCCUCUUCCUUCCCCCCACCCCACAUCUCUGUCCUGUACCCCAGCUCUUGUAUGCAUAAAUAAUUAAUCUUUAAAAAAAAUAAAUAAAAAUUAAGUCUCAGAAAAUCUCAAGUAUAGGUCUGCCUGCGUUUUCAUGUGGA